AUGACCCAAAGAUUGGAGGCGGAAGGGAGCUUGAGUACACAAGAUGAAUAUAAAGUAUGGGAUGAUGGAUCCGACCAUGAUGAUGUGGCAAAGAUAUAUUUUUUGGGUGGUACGUCAGGCAUAGAUCUCAUCAAGAUUGACUAUACCAAGACUGGACAACGUAAAGAUGGGUCAUUCCAUGGUUCUCCGAGUAUAGGUUUCCCGCAGAUGUUUGAGAUUAACCAUCAACGAAAAGAGUAUCUUGAAUCUGUUGAGGGUUACCAUUACCCGGGUGCGGGGAUUCAAGCACUUCAACUCAAAACAAACUUGAGGGUCUCGGAACUCAUGGGAUAUACUGGUGGCAAAAAGUUUACACUAGCAGUCCAUGGAAAUAAAAUCAUUGGGUUUCAUGGUACUGCUAAGAAAAAACUCACUACUCUUGGAGCAUAUGUUACUCCGAUUACUCCAACAAAAAUGGCAGCAAAAGGGGCCAAGAAAGGAAAGAUAUGGGAUGAUGGAGCCGACCAUGAAUGUGUAACCAAGAUUCAUGCACGUACUUGUUUUCAAGGCAUACAACACAUCAACUUCGAUUAUGUCGACAAGGAUGGACAUCCGGAAGAAGGGAAAGUCCAUGGUUCUAGGUCGCGUAGAGGUUUCACGCUGAAACCGUUUGAGAUUAACCAUCUUGACAAGGAAUAUCUGCUGUCUGUUGACGGUUACUAUGAUAAAUCUGGUGUGAUUAAAGCACUUCAAUUCAAAACCAACAUGAAGACUUCGGAACCAAUUGACUACGAUGAAGAGGGUAAAAAGUUUACACUUGGAUGCAAGGGCAUGGAGAUCAUUGGGUUUCAUGGAACUGCUGAGACGCACCUGUACUCUCUAGGAGCUUAUUUGAAAACAAUUCCUCAUACAAAAUUAGAACUCGAAGGUGGUCGUGAGGGUGGUCGCGGAGGCUACUUUUGGGAUGAUGGUACCUACCAAGGUGUAAGAAAGGUGUCCGUUUAUUAUGAUGAUGAAUAUGUAAGGUGUAUUGAGUUCGAAUACGAUAACGACGGCAAAGUCGAGUCCCGUCAGCACGGCAGGUCCAAGCUUGAAUACACUGGAAAAGAAGGAGAGUUUGUAAUGGACUAUCCAAAUGAAUAUCUCACGUCCGUGGAGGGGACUUUCCUAGACGGGAUACAUACAGGAACGUGGAUACUGUCGUUGACUUUCAAAACAUCAAAAGGGAGAACCUCUACAGUAUUUGGAAAUGCGUCUGAAAAAAAGAAUGUGGUUGAUUUCGUGCUCGAGAGCAAAGGUUGUGCUCUUGUUGGGUUCCAUGGACAGGCUGAUGAUGAUGUUCUUCGCUCUCUCGGAGCAUAUUCUUUUCCGAUGGAUCCUCCUCUUCACGACGUGGAGAAACUUGUCGCACAAGGUAGUGAUUAA